UUUGCGUUUUUUUCUGCCAAGCCUCGCUGUAGCCAGGCACAUGGUUCAGAGUAACUCUGUCAGCUGAUUAUCACAAGACCCACAGCCUAAUCCUCCCACCACUGGGAGACCCGUAUAAAUUGGGGCCCUUGUUGCCUGAUCCUCAGACAGAAGCGCUGGUCCGUCUCUCUCUAGAUGUCCUGAGGAAAAUGCUCUGAUGCUGCAUGUAACGUAACAUCAGCCCUUUCGCCUUAUUGGAGGAACCGAUCAGCUGAGUCAUUCCCAGAAAUCUCUGCGAACGCCGUUUUCUGGGUUGGAGGAAGAAGCAGCGGUGAUGAAGAGCUCAGUGGUGCUGCUUCUGCUGUGUCUCUGGGGGAGGCCAGACUGGACUGGGGCCCAGUUUCCCAGAGCCUGCAGCACAGUUGAGGGCAUCCUCUCCAAAGAGUGCUGUCCCGCGUUUGGGUCCAACCCGGCCGACAUGUGCGGCGUGCUGUCGGGUCGCGGAGUGUGCAGCAACGUGCGGGUGGUGAACAAGCCGUGGGGGGGUCCCUACAACCUGAAAAACGUUGACGACCGUGAAUGGUGGCCCCUUAAGUUCUUCAACCGUACCUGCAUGUGCUUUGGAAACUUUGCGGGUCCUAACUGUGGAGAGUGUAAGUUCGGCUGGACGGGUCCCAACUGCCAACAGCCAAAGAUCCCUGUGGUGCGUAAGAACAUCCACUCGCUGAGCCCCGCCGAGCGCCAGGAGUUCUUGGACGCGCUGGACCUGGCCAAGAACACCACACACCCGGACUUCGUGAUCGCCACCCAGCACUGGCUGGGCCUCCUGGGGCCCAACGGCACGGAACCGCAGUUCACCAACGUCUCCAUCUACGACUACUUUGUGUGGCAGCAUUACUACUCCGUCAGAGACACACUUCUAGGGCCGGGACGUCCGUUUAAAGCCAUCGACUUUUCCCACAAAGGGCCUGCGUUUAUCACCUGGCACAGAUACCAUCUGCUGUCUCUGGAGAGAGACCUACAGAAACUCACGGCCAAUGAGAACUUUGCGUUGCCGUACUGGAACUUUGCGACGGGGCGCAACGAGUGUGACGUGUGCACUGAUUCCCUGCUGGGGGGGACCAGUGCUGACAACCCCUCCCUCAUCAAUGCGCAGUCCAGGUUUUCCAAGUGGGGAGUCAUUUGCAACAGCUUGGAAGACUACAAUCGGCGGGUGACCCUCUGUAAUGGGACCAAUGAGGGCUCCUUGCAGAGGGGUUUGCCGUGGAAUAAUGUCACCCUGCCUAGCAUGGACGACGUCCGGAGCUGCCUCAACGUGAAAAACUUUGACAGCCCCCCCUACUUCACUAACUCCACAUCCAGCUUCAGGAAUACUCUGGAGGGUUAUGGCAAACCUAACGCUAUGGUGGAUUCCACGGUCUCCAACCUUCACAACCUCGUUCACUCGCUGUUGAAUGGGACCAGCGCCCUGCCUCACUCCGCAGCCAACGACCCCAUCUUCUUGGUGCUGCACACCUUCACUGAUGCCAUCUUCAACGAGUGGAUGAAGCGUUCUGUCCCCUCCGACUCCAGCCUCCCGGUGGAAAUGGCCCCUAUCGGUCAUAACAAAGAAUAUAACAUGGUUCCUUUCUUUCCGCCUGUCACCAACGAGGCUGUCUUCCUCCCGUCUGAGCAGCUCGGAUAUUCCUACGCUGUAGACUUCGCAGACAAGCCCAGCAGCCCCUCAGCUGUGGUUCUGGGCUCCAUGUUCGGUGGCAUGUUUCUGGGUCUCGCUCUGCUGCUCCUCCUGCUGGGGGUUUACCUCCACCGCAGGAGGAGCCAGGACCGCGAGCCGCUGAUGAAAGCCGAGUUCUCCAACCCCAAGUACACCGAGGAGGCAUAAUGUGUUUAGACUGUGCAGGCGAAUGGCGUAGCUACCAAGAUGAAAAUUACGCUGAUAUUUCUGACGAAACUGCACUGUAGCAUUAUCCGUAGCUUUUGUCUUAUGUGUCAGUCGAUUACAGGUAUUUCACCCGACACCAUAAACAGGAGAUGCCAUUUAAUUAAUAAAACAAUAAGAACUAAUCUUGGGUCGAACACUCGUGUAGUGAGAUUGUAACUUCAAAUUGUAGUCAAUUUUAAGUACAAGACUAUUAAGUACAAAGCAAUUAAGCGGGCAUUUAAUGAGUUCUUUGCAGUAGUUACUCAAGGGUAAAUAUGUAUGACUGAUUAGCUACAUAUUUAGUUUGAACUAAAUGUCAGUUCAUCUUAUAUUCAAGUGGGUUCAAAAAUGGUGAUGAAAAUCAGUGGUGAUUGACAGUCGGGUGCGAGUUGGAAAUGCCUGAGUUUUCUUUUGGUAAAGGAUGUAAGUUGCUGGAAACAGUUUGGUUAUUUUUAAUAAAUGUUUAUUUGCA